UAAGGGGCUGUGGGAUAUAAGUCAUAAGAUCCACACAACACUUCUUUACACUACACACUGUUUCUCAUUUAUACACACAAUGGCAGAACCAAUAGAAGGCGAACAGGAGGAAAAGCCUCCGCCAUCGAGGGCAAAGCGAAUCACCUAUCUGGUACUCCAUGUGCUGCUCCAUAUCAUAUUCAUAUCUUACUUUACGGCAGCCACAAUCAUUUUCAUCUUUUACGACAAGGAUUCCAAAGAAUGCUGGCCCAAUAGGGGCUCGGAAGCCACAACCGAAUCGAUAGAUAACUCAACCGAAGAUGAUGAUGAUGAUGAUUAUGACACAGAAGAAACUUCUGAGAAGCCAGUGCCAGAGGUUAAGCCAAAACUAUUGUGCCAAAUUAACUGGUGUCAUGGAUACGGGUUUCUCAUCGUCUUGUUCAUCUUGUUUUAUAUCCUAUGGCUGUACUACUGGGUAUUUAAGCCAUUCGUGGGCAUCAAGCUGUAUAAUAACUACCUGGAACCAGUGAUUGACAAAUGGAUUGCGUUUAGUCGCCAGUGGAUAGUGUCCGGCGUAAUGCUGGCGAUUGUGCUCGCUGUGGUGGUGGCAUACCUCGGAUUCGAGUGCCGCAAUGACGCAUACAAGGCCAUCGGACUGCUCGGACCUGUGUGCUUUGUCCUUAUCGGAUUCGCCGUGUCCAAGCACCACUUGCAAGUACCUUGGCGCAUAGUGACCCACGGUCUCCUGGGACAGCUGCUGCUGGGCAUACUCUGCCUGCGCCUCCCCUUUGGCCGGUCCAUCUUUCAAUGCCUUGGGGACAAGGUGACGAUAUUUCUGAACUACGCACAGCACGGAGCACGCUUUGUGUACGGGGAUCGCAUUUGCGAUGAGUACGUCUUUGCAUUUGCCAUACUGGCGGUGGUGUUCUUCUUCAGCGUGAUCACCAGCAUUAUGUAUUACCUUGGCUGGAUGCAGUUCAUCCUGAACGGUUUUGGGUUCCUCUUGCAGGCCAUGGUGGGCACCACCGUUUGCGAAAGUGUAAAUGCAGCGGGCAACGUGUUUCUAAGCAUGACCGAGAGCCCUCUGGUCAUCCGGCCGUACAUCGAAAUACUGACCGUCAGCGAGUUGCACGCUAUAUGCACCUCCGGCUACGCGACAGUGGCCGGUACUGUCUUGGGGGCUUAUGUGUCCUUCGGUGCUUCCGCCAGCUUUCUUAUCGCAGCCAGCGUAAUGGCUGCUCCGGGUUCACUGGCUUUCGCCAAACUGUUCUACCCCGAGACCGAGGAAUCUCUGACCAGGUCCGACAACAUUAAGCUGGAAAGCUCGACGGAUACGUCUAUUUUGGAUGCGGCCGCCUCGGGAGCUGCAGCAGCCUUGUUGAUUGUGCUCGGAAUCGUCUCGAAUAUCAUCGCCUUCCUAGCCAUUGUGUUCUUCCUAGACGCUGUAACGGAGUGGAUUUUCGAGCUAAUUGGACUGCAUAACAUCACCCUACUCUACAUUCUCUCCCAGAUCUUUAUCCCGAUUGUCUUCGUGAUGGGCGUGCCGUGGCACGAUUGUCAAGCAAUUGGCCUGGUGGUGGCCCAAAAGUCGUUCAUAAACGAGUUUGUGGCUUAUAGAAACCUGGGCAUAUUGGUUAGCGAUAAAAAGGUUGAUCCGCGGAGCGCUGCCAUAGCCACUUUUGCCCUUUGUGGGUUUGCCAAUCCCGGAUCCCUGGGCAUUGUCAUCGCUUCGCUGAGUGCAAUGGCACCAUCCCGACGAUCAGACAUCACCAGGGUAGCCUUUCGAUCCUAUUUCGCAGGCAGUUUCGUUAGCUUUACAUCCGCUUCGCUUGCAGGGAUUCUUAUUCAAAAUGAGUACACAGGUGGUAAUUAAUUGAUUUAGGUAAGUGAGCGAUACGAAAAGCAUAGAGCAGGGAGCUAGGGUACAAUUCCACUCAAAUUGGCCAUUACCUUCUUGAGCAAUUCCCAGUCGGCAGCAUCGAAAUUCGCGGUGCACUGGGUCAGUUGAAGAGAAGCCUCAUAUAUAUUACGAAGGAUUUCUUUAGGCGCCAAUUCACUCCGUCGACGUUUUAGACUAGAGACCGGACAUUUAUGAUCUCCAUGGCGAAUGUAGCUUGAUUUACUGAGAUCAAAUGAACCGUCGACAACAGUUCCGGGUUCGACAUGCAAUGCCUUAAACAAUGGGUAUAUUGCAUGGCGGGCACUAAAUGCUCUUAGUUGGGCGUCAUCGCUGACUUUGCAGGAGUCGAGGAAUUUCUCGCGAUACCAGUUUGUGCAUCCAGCAUUUGGAGGCAGUCCCCUAAGUAUAAGUAAUUUGGUGGAUCCAUUCGCACGCGCUAGUAGUUUGAAGUAAACAUUAGCAAAGCUAAUGCUCUUGUCAAUGCCUAAAAGUUUAUUGGCCAUUUCCGAUGUCCGCUGAAACCAAUGGGAACAGUCGAUUUGAUCGUGGUGCACCAAAAGUUCCAGUAGAGCAACCUUUGGGUAUAAAAAAUCAAGUACAACUCAACUUUUGUGGGCGCUGAGGUGGAGAUGAGUUCUAAGCGCUUCAAUAUCUUCAUUCCCACGUGGCCAUCUGAUUUUGCGACGACAGACAGGUGCCGGAAGUUUUGAAUGCUUAUGACAGGAAGUUCCUGCUUUCCCAAGCAGUGGAAGUACCUAAGGAAUCGUUGUACAUGCAAUUGGCUUGGAUUUGUGGAAAACAUGGCGUAAGAAUUAUUGCACUUAUGCCAGUGAGCCAUAGCCUCUUUUAUGGCAUGAUCUGUCCAGCAUUUGUUGGCCUCUUUUAGCCUAAAAACAUAGAAUAGUGAAAUAAAUUUUAAAAUGUAUGAUUUAUAAUUACU